CCAAUCAGAUAGAGAAGUGCGAGAGAAAGAGAAGAUGUCGGGGAGAGGAAAGGGAGGGAAGGGGCUCGGCAAGGGAGGUGCGAAGAGGCACAGGAAGGUCCUGAGGGACAACAUUCAGGGCAUCACCAAGCCGGCCAUCCGUCGUCUGGCCAGGCGUGGCGGAGUGAAGCGCAUCAGCGGUCUCAUCUACGAGGAGACCAGGGGCGUCCUCAAGAUCUUCCUUGAGAAUGUCAUCCGUGACGCUGUCACCUAUACUGAGCAUGCUCGUCGAAAGACCGUCACCGCCAUGGAUGUCGUCUACGCACUGAAGAGGCAGGGCAGGACUCUCUACGGCUUCGGUGGUUAGAUGCUGGUUUCAAAAUUUGGGUUUAGGGUUAGGGUUUUGUCUAGAUCUGCCCCAAUUUAUAAAUAUUUAAGUUUCCAAGUUGUAUUUUGUUGAUGUUGGAGUGAUAUUAUGAAUGACCAUCUUCAAUCAAAUUAGUUUCGUGGAUUUUCUUA